CCUCUACCAAUAUCGUCAAAGACAACGGUUGCUGCUUGAGAGUGCGCAAACGGCUUUGAUUUUGAGUCAAUUCUUUAACGUAACUGUUCUGUGUGCAUUUUUGCCUCUCAAACUUCAGCACAUUGAUCUUUUGUAUCGGUCGGUCUUUGUUUGAAGAAAUCCGAUCGGCUUAGUCUUUGACAUACUUGCGCAUAACUCUCCCACGAAGUUUUAUUGAACAGAGUUUAACAAUUGUUUUCAACUAUUUAAGAUGCAGGAAACGCCACAGGUCGCUACUGCUCUUGCCGAUCAAACAGUCCUUCCCGACAGUUCCGAAAAGGCAGCUUCUUGCUUGGAUAAUCCUCCGGAAGAGACGAUAUCCAUCCGUUUCACUAACUUUGUUAGUGCGAAUGGUCAUUCUUUCAACUUUGAGCCAGUCGUUCGCACUUGGAGUAAGAAAAACAAAAACUUGCCUAUUCACAUCGGAAGGUAUACAGACAAAUACAAUGGAGGAAACGUUUCCGCCGUUGUCUUCAGAUCAAAGGUUGUGAGUAGGCGGCAUGCUCAGGUUUUCUACGAAGGCGGCGAAUGGUAUGUUCAGGAUUUGGGUUCCAGUUCAGGAACGUUCCUAAACCACAUUCGUUUAUCUCCACCUUGUGAAACUAGCAAGCCAUAUCACAUCUCGAAUAACGAUAUACUUCAAUUGGGCGCUGAUUACAGAGGAGGCGAGGAAAUGCACUACCGCUGUGUUCGUGCUCGUAUUGAGCUCAACAACUCAUGGAGAAUUAAGCUCAGUCGUUUUAAUCUGGAGGAGUACAAUCGUGUCCGCUCUUUAAUUUCAAAAGCUACUGAGGGUUCAAAGGAAGAUGCACCAGUUUCCGAAUGCUGUAUCUGUCUGACGCCCGUGUUGCCAUGUCAAGCAUUGUUUGUGGCUCCAUGCUCACAUACUUAUCAUUACUGGUGCAUACAUCCCACUUUACAGAAGAAUCAUCCAUAUUUUAAUUGUUUCAUUUGCCGAAAGUAUCACGACCUGAGCACACCUGUUGAAGAAGGCGAGCUUGAACUGCGAGAACUCAUGAAACAUGCAACAGUCGUGGACAAAUCGCCUUGAGCAACUAUGCGCCACUUCUCACACGCACAUUCGAAUGCAUUUCGUGUCAUAUUUUAGCAGUUCGUGGUGCUUGGGUUGGUAAAUCAAUUUUAGAAACGACGUUUAAAUCGUCGUUUUAUUUCAUUCAUUCAUUUGUGUUCCUCGAUCCUACAGAGUUUGUAUUUUUCGCUGUCAUGAAUCCCGGCUGAAUGGCUCGAAGAUAUCCGGUUCUCUGUUAAAUUCCUCCCCUUCUCUUUAUUCCGUGCAUUUGCUUCUCCUUGUGUUUCUUUUGUCUCAUUACGUUAAUAUGUUUCAUGUUUUAAUUUUCACAUGUUUCGUGAACAAUUCACCAUAUCACUUAUUCUUCCACAUUUGCUGAUCUCUGCCUUCGACUGCGAUGGAAUGUUGAACAGCACUUUUCUUUAUUCAUUUGUGAACUAAUUUCAGAGCGAUAAGGGAGCGGGAGCGCCAAAUCGUGAAGCACUCGGAAGUUGUCAAGUCAUCCUUCCGUGAAUCAGCCCCCCUUUCCUCAAAUUUCAAGGCUCUUCUUUUGUGGAUGGAAGCGACUCCUUGUAUAUCUCUUCAAGCAUCUCUGCUAUGCGACUUCGAAGUUGGGCAUCUGUCAUUAUGGUGUUUUUAAUUUCCUCCUUGGUUUGGCUAUAAAAGCGUGAACUAUGCAUUUCAAGUCAGUAUGGGUCUUAGAUGCAGGCCGCAAGUGAUAAUGCGGCGAAACGAACCUACCGAUCUAUCGCACCAACGAUUAAAGGUACCGCUUUGAAUGAAUUCUUAUGUUGCAGGCUUUCAUCAUUUGUCAGCUCUUGUUCUGUGACUUCAUGAAGCUUCUGCAAAAGGUCAUCGGAUUGUUUUUCCUUGAAUUGUUGAAGAGCGUCCUUCCUCAAUGAAUCAAAGUGACCAUUUUUCUUGAAGAUUUCAACAAGAGCUCUAUAGUCGACCUCUUCCGUUGAAUUUUGUCUUUCGGCCGACGACAUUUAUACCACCCAGAAAAAGAGUCGUUAAGGUCGUUGUGGCGUCCGUUGAAGCAGACCUACAGUUAAAUGUGGAAAUAAAAAAAACUUGUAUUCUUAGACAAAUAGUAACGGGUGAAUUGAUGAUGGGUUUUAAUUUGAAAUUGUAUAAUAAAACAAGAUUUCAUUCGCCGCUCGUUAACGUGUGGUUACACCACCAAAUUUGUGUUUAGUGUGAAUAAUAAUAAGUUAUGUCUGGUAAAA